GGUCAUGGCUGCACGACUGGCUCUCGGCUUGGCUGGUCAGCGGAGCCCCUGGCGACGACCGCAGCCCAUAUUCACGGGGCUGCGCGGCAGACGAGGGGUCGGGGGAGACGCAGCGGCGUCCGUGGGGGUGCUGGACAGCCCGGGCAAGCUGAAGACGCAGGAGGACCUGCCACUGAUCAAGACCUGGGAGGCCUUGUACAGAUUGAUCUUUAAAGGCUAUCUCAAUUAUCUGCACGAGCUUCAGAUAUAUGAGAAACAGCUGUAUGGGCCCAUAUAUAAAGUGUCCACAGGCAGCCUUCAUUCAAUUACAUUGAACAGCGUGGAGCUGGUUGAGGAGCUACUCAGAAAGGAUGAGAAGUUCCCUUCUCGUGGGGACAUGAGCCUGUGGACUGAGUACCGUGACAUAAGAGACAUCGGCUAUGGCCCCUUCACAGAAGAGGGGGAAAGGUGGUACAGACUGAGAGCUGUGCUCAACAAGCGUAUGCUACACCCCAAGGACUCUGUGCAGUAUGCAGGCGUUGUCAACGAGGUCGUCACAGAUUUCAUCAAGAGGAUAUACCACCUACGGGAAACCAGUCCAACGGGGGAUCUGGUGACAAAUCUCUCCAAUGAGCUUUACCGUUUCUCUCUCGAGGGAAUCUCCUCUAUUCUCUUUGAAACUCGGAUUGGGUGUUUGGAAGAUGAAAUCCCAAAGGAGACUCAGGAUUUCAUCGACUCCAUCGCCCAAAUGUUUACCUACAGCAUGCCUGUAGUGCUUAUGCCCAAGUGGACACGUAGCAUCCUGCCAAUUUGGGACCGUUACAUCAGUGGUUGGGAGGGCAUCUUCAAAUUUGCUGGGCAGCUAAUAGACAUGAAGAUGGAGGCCAUUCAGAGGCGUGUGGACACAGACCAAGAAGUGGCCGGAGAGUAUCUCACCUACCUGCUCUCCAACACCAACAUGACGAAUAAAGAGGUGUAUGGAAGCAUUGCUGAGCUGCUAUUGGCUGGAGUAGACACGACCUCCAACACCAUGAUGUGGGCUCUGUAUCAGCUCUCGAGAGAACCUGUAAUUCAAGACGCUUUAUAUCAAGAGGUGAAUCACUGUGUUAAAGGAGAUAACAUUCCUACUGCCCAGGAUGUGACAAAUAUGCCUUAUCUUAAGGCUGUCAUCAAGGAAACUCUCAGGAUGUACCCAGUCGUACCAAUGAAUGCUCGGCGCAUGUCCGAAAAGGACGUUAUUAUUGGUGGCUAUUUUUUCCCAAAGAAGACAGCUUUCACGUUAUGCCAUUACUCCAUCUGCCAUGAUGAAAAAGUAUUCCCUGAGCCGUCAAAGUUCAAGCCAGAGCGCUGGCUAAGGGACGGAAGGACCCGGCCAAAUCCCUUUGGCUCCAUUCCCUUUGGCUUUGGGGUGAGAGGCUGUGUGGGCCGCCGGAUAGCAGAGCUGGAGAUGUACCUCGCUCUGGCCAGGAUCAUCAAGCUGUUUGAAAUCAGACCAGACCCUAGUAUUGGUGAUGUGAAAGCCCUCAAUCGCACUGUGCUGGUGGCCGACAGACAAGUGAACCUGCACUUUCUGGAAAGGAAUAGUAACACUGCACCAUGAUUCUUUUUUUUUGCAAAAUUGAUGAUGACAAUCAGAAAAAGUUGCUACACUUGUUUGUGACAUAUCCUCUGUGUGCCACUGUGAAAAUGACUUCCUGUAUAUUAUAUCAUAUUAUAUCAUAUAUUUUUAUAGCACGGAUUUGCAUGUUUAGAUGAAUGCACAUUUUUUUUUGUACAUUUAUUGUUGAAGGUUGUAUUCCCUACAUCUGUUUCGGAGCUGAUGUAAUCAAACCCAGGCACAUGGAAUGUAUAGUUAAAUAUACAGUAUGUAGAACUGUAGUACAUAUGGUACACAUUACAUACAAUGAAUUGAAUUUAGAAUUAAGUCAACGUCAUAGAUUGAGAAGGAACCUUAUAUUUUGCCCUCUAGUUGAUGUAAUUCAUUAUAUAGUAUUUUGUAAAUCUUUUCAGGUAAUCUUUAAAUAAACUUGCCUGUUUUUACCAA